AUGUUUUCCCAGAAGAAACCCUACUCGGCCGUGACCGUCACCAUCGAGAACCUCACCUCCGAGUCGUACCCCGAGGACGACCUCAGCGGCAUCCCCGACCUCGUCGAGGUCAUCAAGCUGCAGGCCUCGGGCCCCACCGAGGCCGCCCGCGCGAUCCGCAAGAAGCUCAAGUACGGCAACGUCCACCGCCAGGUCCGCGCCCUCGUCCUGCUCGACGGCCUCAUCCAGAACGCCGGCUCCGGCUUCCAGCGCGGCUUCGCCGACGAGCCCCUCCUCGAGCGCCUCCGCGUCUGCGGCACCUCGGACCUCUCCGACCCGGCCGUCCGCAAGAAGUGCACCGAGCUGUUCCGCGAGUGGUCCCAGUACGCGUCCACGCCGGGCCUCGAGCGCAUCGCCCGCUUGUACAAGGAACUGCCCAAGCGCAAAGUCGCCGUCACGCAAGAGCGCUCCAAGGUCAUCCAGGAGACGGAGAACCCCUUCGAGGACGACGAAGAGGAGGAAGCCGAACGGCGCGCCGCGCGAGACGGCCACGCCCAUGCGGGAUCCUCGUCCUCGGGGGGCGGCACAUGGGCGCCGCAGAUCGGCCCGGCCAUGGACCGUGACGGCCCGCUGAAGCCCAGCGACGGGCCUCGCUGGGGCAGCAGCAGCAAGAAGAAGAGCAAGGACAAGUCGUCCUCGUCCUCCAAGUCCAAGGGGCGCAAGCCGUUCAACCUCGAGGCCGAGAAGGAGAAGAUGAAGUCGGUCAUCGCCGAGUCGUCCAUCGCCUCGACGAACCUCAUGAACGCCCUGCAGAGCAUCAACCGCGAGAGGGAGCGCAUCUCGGACAACCAGGUCGCCGUGCACCACUUUGAGGCUUGCAAGCAGCUCCGUAGGAGGAUACUGCGCUACAUUCACCAGGUGGAAAGCGAGCAGUGGCUGGGGAGCCUGCUACAUGCCAACGACGAACUCGUUCGUGCCCUCAUGUCCUUUGAGCAGAUGGAUCAGUCCAUCGAUGCGGACAGCGACUCGGACGACGAGCUUGCCGAGCAGGCUCACAUGUACCGAAUGGCUACUCUCAAGGCCCAGGAGGACAAGGUUCAUUCACCGCAGUCCGCUCACGCUCCCGACCUGUCCGGCCUGUCACUCAACACGAAGCCCAAGGCCAUGAUGGCCCCCCACGCAGGCCCUCCGCAGCCGCCGCGCCUCAGCAAACCGCCCCCCGUCCAGACCGCCGCCGCCGCCAGCCGCGACGACAAUUCCGACGACGACGAUGACAACCCGUUUGGAGACGAAAACGUGGUUGAGACGCCGGCGCACGAAACCGCGGAGCCCAGGUGGUAG